CUUUUGCAGCGAACAAGAUUCCGACAAAGUCGCUAGAAUGCACCAUCCGACUAGACCUCCUAUCAAUCGCCUGCCAGUAGAACUUUUACAACACAUAUUCUUGUUCGUCUUAAACAAUGUCCCAGAAAAUCCCAGUAUAUUCUCAUUUGGAGACACAUGCAUCUCAGCCGACUUUGCCAGUCCUCCCCUACUCCUCACCCGGGUGUGUCACCUUUGGCGAGAUAUCGCACAUUCAACAACGGCAAUCUGGUCGCGCAUUCAUGUUGCACUUCCCGGCAGAAUCAAAGCAUUGAACCCGUUCCUUCCAUCUCUACUGGAGAUUUGGCUCGCCCGCUCAGGACGUCGCCCUCUCAGCCUUAGCGUCGUGUCCGAACAGCUCUGCUACUCGCGCGACACCGAAGCCAGAUGCUUGCCGUGGCUCCGCCCAUACAAAUCAGGAGCGGAUUGUCGACUACUCGAAAUCUUGCUUUCUGUAAGGGGGCGUUGGGAGACAGUGGAUAUCAUGUCACCUGCCAUUUAUGACUGGAGUGAUAAUGUUGAUACACCUCGGCUGAGAACAUUGAAAUGUUUCCUGCGAGAGUACAGGAGGUUCAAUGCACCGAAUCUCCAUUGCCUGCACAUCUUCAGUCGAAAUGAUUUUCCUGCUAGACCUGCUCUUACCUGCAAAGAUAUACGUCAUCUCCGCCUUCAACAUACUUCCGUCAACGCUGUGCGCUUCACUUCAGUGAUAUUCCCUCAUCUGGAGACCAUGGUAGUGGAUAAUUAUUCCCUAGGUUCUGGCGAUAGAAUUGACACUGUCACACAACCUCGCCUUGAAUCGAUGACUCUCCCCCUCACGUCAGAUCGGCGGGAAUUCAUUGACAUACUCGAUGGGUUCCAUCUCCCAAUGUUGCAAAAAUUGACUGUAGUUGUCGGAGAACUACGACCACUCGAAGUUGAAUGCAUUAUGGCGGCUUUGGCAGUGGCAACCUGCCACGACCCGACAGUAGACUUGAAGAUGGCCACACCGCCAAGCGAAGUUGAUCUGGAUAUCGCUAAACCGUUACUCUCGGUCGCAAAGGAGGUUGCUGUCUGCGGAAAAGUGCUUGACCUCCUGGAAAUCUUGCCUGGUCCAGAAUAAUGGUCCGCAGCCACUAGGAAGCACAAAGGAAGAUUCUGUUAGACAGGUCUAUGUAUUGUAGAAGCUUCCUCUUCAAUGAGCAUAGAUUGGCGAUUCAAGACUUUCAAGUAUAACACGAGGGUGUUUAUUCAAUCAAAGGCCAACACCACAUGCGUUUGUUCUGGCUACAAGUGCCUGCGGCUAUAUUAGGUGACUAAAGCAAUCGCUCCAGUCGCGGUGCCAGCAAGACGACACGGCAAAACGAGUACACACCUCGACAGCGAUAUCUAUAUCAUUGUUCUUCAAUACUUCCCAUUGUCACGUCGUUUCUUGUUUUCUAGUAGUCUGGGGCUUAGAAUAACGCCUGAUAUUUAUCUCAUCAUACCAUUUCUAUCUCGUUUAUUCAGUCAUUUUUUGCUUUCCAAAGCCAUAAGGCCCAGAACCCUCGCCCACCAGUCGGAGGCGGG